UUCCGAGAAUCCCAGUCUCUUGAUCUCCCUCAGUGAAGAAUGAGCAGGCUGCAAGCAGAAACAUACCUUCUACUUGGAUGAUUCCAACUAGAUUAUUCUAAUUAACUUCAAAACUCUUAAAACAUGAGAGCGCCUGCCAGACAGAUCACUGGAAGGAAGAAUUCUUUUCAUGUUUUAUAACCAUCUCUGACUAAGUUUUUUUGUUGUUGUUGUUGUCUUAAGGACAAACCAGCUGUUUCACACAGCCUGGUACAGCGUUUUGGCAUCACCAUGCGUUCCUGUCACUCCUGCAAUACCCGGGUGCUAGUGGCUAUUGUGUGUGGACUGCUGACAGGUGCCGUUUUGGGACUGGGCAUUUGGAGGAUGGCCGUAAGGAUCCACAGAGGAAUGUCUGCUUCUGUGCCAAGCACCACUGCACAGUUAUGCCGUAACGGCGGAACCAGGCAAAAUGGCAGAUGCAUUUGUACUGCAGAGUGGAAAGGGCUGAGAUGUACAAUUGCUAAUUUCUGUGAAAAUAGUACCUACAUGAAUUUUACCUUUGCCAGAAUCCCAGUCGGCAGAUAUGGACCUUCUUUGGAAACAUGUCCUGAGGGCACUUUAAAUGCAGGCAAUCCUCAAGCAACACGACUGUGCUAUGUUUCUGAGUAUGGAGAGAUAAAAUUACAAAAUGCCACAGAAGGAAAAUGCAGUGAAAAUCUGAAGACACUGGAAAUGCAGAUAGACAACAUCACGACAGAAUCUACGAGCAUUUCUACAGAAGCCCAGAUUUUAACCACCGAUGCUGGUAAAUUAUCUGCUGAGAACAUUGUUUCUGCCACCAGAGUGACUGGACAGAUCUUCAAUAGAACCAGAAUGGCUGCAGAUGAGGCAAAAAAAGUUGCUAUAACCACAGUGAGCCAGAUCUUGGAUGCCAGUGAAGAUGCUUUUCAGAAAGCUGCUGAGAUUGAUGAGGACUCCUUUUCCACGCUUAUUGAGCAAAUGGAGAACUACUCCUUUUCCCUGGGUGAUGAAACAGUGGUGGAACCUAACAUAGCAAUCCAGUCAGUUGUUCUAAGCAACACAAAGUCCAAUGUCCUCUUCUCUGUACAGAAAGGAUCAAGUGAUUAUUUGGAUUCAGGUGGAACAUCUAUUAAUAAAAUGGCAGACGGACUCAACCCAGAUGUGAACACUGAACUUCAGAUCUUGCUUAAUCCUGGGGCAAACGUAAAUGGGUGUGGUUUUGUGGUGUAUCAAAACCACAAGCUGUUUCAGUCAAAAACUUUCACCACUACAUCAGAUUUUAGUCAAAAAAUUAUCUCAGGCAAAAUGAAUGCAAGUGAUGAAGAUCGGAAUGUUUCUGUGGAAAUGGUAUUUAAUCCCACGUACGACAAAGGAAAAUUCCAGCUUUACUCCUAUGCCUGUGUCUACUGGAAUUUUUUCACCAAGGACUGGGACACACAUGGCUGCCAAAAAGAUCUGAGCACUCCAGGGUUCCUUGGCUGCCGCUGCAACCACACAACCAAUUUCGCUGUGCUGAUGACUUUCAAAAAGGAUUAUCGGUAUCCUGAACCCCUAGACGUGUUGUCCAACAUUGGCUGUGCCCUGUCCAUUGCUGGUCUGGCUCUCACAAUUAUAUUCCAGAUUGUCACAAGGAAAAUCAGAAAAACCUCAGUCACUUGGGUGCUGGUCAGUUUGUGUACAUCAAUGUUGAUUUUUAACCUCCUCUUUGUGUUUGGAAUUGAAAACUCCAACAAGAACCUAAAGACAAGUAACAGUACCAUCAACAGCAACCCUGACGAUAACAAAAUACCUGUAAGAGACACCCUUGACACCCCGAACCCCUCAUGCACGGCCAUCGCUGCCUUACUCCACUAUUUUCUGCUGGGGACAUUCACCUGGAACGGGCUCAGUGCUACGCAGCUCUACUUCCUUCUGAUUAGAACCAUGAAGCCUCUUCCUCCACAUUUCAUUUUUAUCAUCUCAUUAGUUGGAUGGGGAGUUCCAGCAAUAGUAGUAGGUGUAACAAUAGGGAUUAUCUACGCCCAGAGCAGGAACAAGUCAAACUGGGAGUUAGACUAUCGGCAAGAGGAAAUCUGCUGGCUAGCUAUUCCAAAGAGCAAUGAUUUUGUAAAAAGUCCGUUUUUGUGGUCCUUCAUCAUCCCAGUGACCGUUAUCCUCAUCAUCAACAUCGCGAUAUUUAUCGUGAUCACAGUCAAAGUGCUGUGGAAGAACAACCAGAACCUGACAAGCACGAAAAAGGUCUCAUCCCUAAAGAAGAUUCUUAGCACAUUAUCUAUUGCCGUUGUUUUUGGAGUUACCUGGAUUUUAGCAUAUGCUAUGCUGAUUAAUAAUGAUGACAUCAGGAUUGUUUUCAGCUACAUAUUCUGUCUUUUCAACACCACUCAGGGCUUGCAGAUAUUCAUUCUCUACACUGUUCGAACAAAAGUAUUCCAGAGCGAAGCUUCCAAAGUACUGAAGUCACUGUCAUCAUCCUUCGACAGAGUGAAGCCAAUGCCUUCAAUCCCUAUGAGACUGCGUGUAAGGAUGUACAAUAUGCUCAGGUCCCUACCAUCCUUACACGAACGAUUUAGGCUCCUGGAGCCAUCUGCAGUGACCGAGGAAACAUCAGUCUCUUGA